AAAGAAAAAGAGAGAGGGAAGCCAUGGAUACCCUGAAGCCAAACAGUGCUAAUUCUUCUCCACUUACUCCAAUAGGUUUCCUUGAACGAGCUGCUAUUGUCUAUGGAAAUUACACUUCCAUCAUCUACAACAACACCACCUACACAUGGUCGGAAACAUACCGCCGCUGCCGGCAACUCGCCUCCGCCCUCGUCUCCCUCGGCAUCGAAAGAAAGCAAGUCGUCACCGUAUUUGCCCCAAAUAUCCCAGCCCUUUAUGAGCUCCAUUUUGCUGUCCCCAUGAGCGGCGCCACCCUCAACACCAUCAACACUCGCCUUGACGCCCACACCAUCUCCGUUCUACUCCGUCACAGUGAGUCAAAGCUUCUCUUCGUUGACUAUCCCUCUCGCAACCUUAUCUUAGAAGCCAUCUCUUUAUUCCCAUCAGACACUUCACCUCCUUCACUCUAUUUCAUCACCGACGAUGAUGUGGAAUCUUCGCUCAUCAGUGAUCCUGACCGUACAUAUGAAGGCCUUAUUGCGAAAGGUGAUCCGGCAUUCAAGUGGAUUAGACCGGAGAGUGAGUGGGACCCUAUGGUUCUCAAUUAUACCUCAGGUACCACUUCUUCUCCAAAGGGAGUUGUUCACUGCCAUCGUGGGCUGUUCAUCAUGGCCCUUGAUACUCUGAUCGAUUGGUCAGUACCGAAACAACCCGUAUUCUUGUGGGUCCUACCUAUGUUCCAUGGCAACGGCUGGAGUUUCACUUGGGCAAUGGCUGCCGUUGGUGCAAUAAACAUCUGUCUCCGUAAAUUCGAUGGAGCAACGAUCUACGAUGCAAUACGUCGCUACCAGGUGACCCACAUGUGCUGUGCACCUAUCGUGCUCAACAUGCUAUCAAGUGUACAACAGAGUGGACCGUUGCCGAACCGGGUCCAGAUCAUGACCGGUGGGUCACCCCCACCGGCGGCAAUUCUGUCGAGGAUGGAAGCUCUAGGAUUCGUCCUGAGUCAUGGGUUCGGGAUGACGGAAACAGCCGGAUCCAUAAUCACGUGUGCAUGGAAACCCGAAUGGGAUCGGUUACCAUUGACAGACCGGGCAAGGUUGAAGGCAAGACAAGGGGUGAGGACCGCCGCCACGGCAGCAAUAGAUGUAGUGGAUACCAAGUCAGGGGCGAGUGUGAAGUGGGACGGUUCUUCACUCGGUGAAAUCGUUCUGCGGGGUGGGAGUAUUACAUUGGGUUAUUUGAAAAACCCGGGUGCAACAACCGAGUCCAUGAAAGCGGGUUGGUUCCAUACGGGUGACAUGGGUGUAAUAUACCCAGAUGGGUAUAUACAGAUCAAGGACAGAUUGAAGGAUGUGAUUAUAAGUGGUGGGGAGAAUGUGAGCAGUGUUGAGGUUGAGUCAGUGUUGUACUCUAACCCGGCGGUUCAUGAAGCGGCUGUGGUGGCUCGACCGGACGAGUUUUGGGGUGAGACCCCUUGUGCUUUCGUGACCUUGAAGACAUCAGAGUCUAAGAAACCAUCAGAGAAGGAGAUUAUAGAGUUCUGUAGAGCUAAGUUGCCCCACUACAUGGUCCCUAAGACAGUAAUCUUCAUUGAUGAGCUACCAAAGACAUCGACAGGGAAAAUUCAGAAGUUUAUGCUUAGAGAUAUGGCCAAGAGUUUGGGUCCUCUUCAGAAGAGUAGGAUGUAAG